UCUUCACACAAUUCCUUCAACUGUCUUCAGAAGAGCAGCUAAACAACCUAAACCAGCCAAAAUGAAAUUGAUCGUCGCUGUCGCUUUCUUGGCCGUGGCCCUCGCCGCACCUCAAGGAGAUAAGAAGCCCAUCGAAAUUGUGUCAUCCAACAGCGAAAUGAACGCAGACGGCAGCUACUCAUUCGAUUUCGAGUCUGCCGAUGGGACCAAAGUGUCUGAAAGUGGCAGCCAGAAACAAGUUGGACCCAAACCGGAGGAUAUCGGGACCGUGUCCAAGGGCUCCUACUCGUUCACGACUCCCGACGGCGUCGUCCUCACCGUCAAUUGGGUGGCCGAUGAAAACGGAUUCCAGGCCACCGGCGACCACCUCCCCACUCCUCCACCCAUGCCUGAGCACGUCGUCAAGAUGCUCGCAGACCUCAAAGCCGCCGGAGUCCUGUAAAUAAAUGCACAUUAUUAAAUUUCAACCGGAUGUACAUAACGCUCACAUACCAAGAACUUUGACACGAGUUGGGCUUGAGUCAACGACAAAAUUACUUUAAAACAAACGAGAAAUAAAACUGUUAUUUCUUCUUUUA